AUGGGGGUGGGGAAGGGCGCUGAAAAUGGCAUACAGGACCAUGAGAUAUUGACACCCAAAGAUGACCCUGGCAAUGGAGCUGUCGAAGCAAAGCCCAGCGACAAGGAAAUCGCCCUGGAGAAGAAAUUAUUGCGAAAGAUUGAUCUCCUCAUUAUGCCCCUCAUUGUGGUCAUCUAUCUGAUGAAUUUUAUUGAUCGAAACAACUAUGCUGCAGCCAGAUUACAAGGUCUGGAAGAUGAUUUGAAUCUUACAUCUGAGCGAUACCAGGCUGGGCUGGGAAUAUUCUUCGUUGGAUACAUUCUCGGUAGCGUGCCGUCGAAUCAAAUAUUGAAUUAUACAGGUCGCCCGUCACUCUACCUUGGUCUUACCACCAUCGCCUGGGGCCUUGUUUCUGCUCUAACAGCAUUGGUGCAGAGCUAUGGUGGAAUUCUUGGUUGUCGGCUAGCACUUGGUUUUGUGGAGGCCCCAUUUUUCCCAGGUGUGCUCUUCUACUUAUCCAAGUGGUACACGAAAGGAGAACUCAGCAUGCGAAUGUCCCUCUUUUAUAUCGGGUCUUUAAUUGCCGGGGCACUUGGUAGUCUGAUUGCGGCCGGCAUUCUUCAUAGCCUAGCCGGUAAGCAUAGACUCCCCGGAUGGCGAUGGCUAUACAUCAUAGAAGGAGUCAUCACAAUCGUUCUUGGUUUCCUUGUGAUACUUCUACUACCAGAGUUCCCGAACACUUGGAAGGGCCUUUCGCCUGAGUUGAGACGAGUCGCCAACCGCCGUAUGGCAAUUGAAGCUGCUGAAGCCGAUAUAGACGAAGGAGAAGGGAUGUCGCAGGUAAAGGGCUUCAUUCUGGCAAUGAAAGAUAUACGAGUGCACGUUCUGGCAUUUGCCUUUAUGUGUAAAUCAGCCGCAGGAGGCUUUUCCUUCUUUUUUCCUACUUUGACUCAAACGCUUGGCUAUAGCAAUACCGUGUCUUUGUUGCUCUGCGCUCCACCAUAUGCCUUCGUGGCUCUUUGGAGUAUCGCGCACUCAUGGGCAUCUGACCGACUGCGCAAACGCUUCUGGUUCUUGAUAUACCCAAUGCCCGUCGUGAUUAUCGGCUGGAUAAUCUUCAUGACCACUGACUCCUUUGGGCCGAGAUAUCUCUCGCUAUUCCUGAUGUUGAUGAUCUUUUCUAUCAAUGGAACGUUCUUCGCGUGGAUAGCGACAAGUAUUCCCCGGCCACCGGCGAAGCGCGCGGCGGCAUAUGCCUAUAUCAACGCUGUCGGAGGCAGUGCUUCCAUCUGGACGCCCUUCACCUACCGCGACGAGGACAAGCCCCAUUAUCGGCCCGCGCUAGGACUGAACAUUGCUCUGUGGGCAGUCACAGCUGCCUGUUUCAUGUUCAUGUACAUCAACCUGACGCGAGAAAACAAGCGCUUAGACCGACUAGAAGACGAAGACGUGCCCCUGAGCCACGAAGAUUUCGAGCGAUUGCAAAAAACCGCCGAGAUAGAGGAGAGUUGA